UGUAUACUCAGAGAAAUGGCUCACAAGUUUUUUUUUUUUUUAUCUAAACAGCAAAUUUCUUUGUUUAUGCCAUGUAUGCUCUUGUCAUUUGUUGGUUGCAAAGCAAUUUUGCUAACAAAGGUUUCAUUUUCAGCUACUGAAUGGGUGAAAGGGAAACAAAUGGAGGAAGUCCUUUCCAUUAAGAAUACGGAAAUUGCAAAGCAUCUUUCACUUCCACCAGUGAAACUGCACUGCAGCAUGCUUGCUGAAGAUGCAAUAAAGGCUGCUGUGAAAGAUUAUGAGACAAAGCGUGCAAAACCAAAUUCCAGCGAAGAGGCAGCACCUGUGGAGAAAGCUGCUGAUGCUUGAUGAUGUGUUUGUGAGGACUACCUAUAUGUGAGGUGUCAUAGAAUGUGAUUAAAUAAUGGAUUGAAGUGUACUUCCUUAAAGGCCUUUCUUUUUAUUUUCCUUUACUCUCUGCCUCCCUGUAAUGUUUUCAGGACAUAUGCAAGCGAAUGUAGAUACAGCCUUUUUUUUUUUUCUUUUGCUUUUUAAAUUGAAUGUUUACUCUUUGGGAUGAAUUUAUUCUAGCAUUACCUUUUUUUUU